UCCCUCCUUCCCCGGCCAGCAAGGAGGCGGUGCCGGCGCGCCGGACUCGCUGCUGCAGUCCUACUCCUCCUGCUGCGCCUGUCUGCGGAGCCCAGCAGCCGCCGGAGCUUGUAGCAGCAGCGCAGCCGAGCCGGCAGCAUGGGAGGCAGCGGCAGCCGCAGCAAGAGGGCCGCCACGGUGGCGGUGCUGAGCGCCCUGGGCCUCGGCGGGGUGCUCGGCCUCCUCCUCCUCUGCCUGCCCACCAGAGAGCUCCGCGAGCCGCCGGCCUUCAAGUAUGGGAUCGUGCUGGAUGCAGGAUCCUCACACACUGCCAUGUUUGUCUACAAGUGGCCGGCGGACAAAGAGAACGACACUGGGAUUGUUAGCCAACACAGCAUGUGUGAUGUGAAAGGGGGUGGGAUCUCCAGCUAUGCUGCAGACCCCCCAGGUGCGGGCAGGAGCUUGAAGGCGUGUCUUGACCAGGCACUGCACGACGUCCCCAAGGAAAGGCAUGUGGCCACUCCGCUCUACCUCGGUGCCACAGCUGGCAUGCGGCUGCUCAACCUCACUGACCCCAAAACUUCAGACAGAGUCCUUGAAGCAGUAACCUCUACUCUGCAUGAAUACCCCUUUGAUGUCCGAGGAGCAAGGAUCCUCUCUGGAGAAGACGAGGGCGUGUUCGGCUGGGUUACCGCAAACUAUCUCCUGGAGAACUUCGUUAAGUACGGCUGGGUCGGGGAGUGGAUCCACCCCAAGAAGGGUACCCUGGGGGCCAUGGACCUUGGCGGAGCCUCCACCCAAAUCACCUUCGAGACGUCGGAGGCCAUCGAGAGCCAGCCGGCCAACGAGGUGACGCUCCGGCUGUACGGACAGACGUACAGGGUGUACACCCACAGCUUUCUCUGCUACGGCAGGGACCAAAUCCUCAAGAGGCUUCUGUCCAAGGUGCUGAAGGCUACAGGGUACACCCCGAAGGUGAGCAAUCCCUGUUGGCCCAGAGGCUACAAGAAUAAUUUCACCUUUGAAGCCGUGUACGAUUCCCCAUGCACCGUCCAGGAAAAGCCAAUCAAUUACUUCCCGCAAGUUUCCAUCCUCAUGGACGGCUCUGGAGAUGCAGCUGCGUGCCGCCAACACAUGGAAAGCCUUUUCCAGUUCUCGGCCUGCCCUUACACGCGUUGCUCCUUCGACCGCGUCUUCCAGCCCAGCGUCACGGGGAACUUCAUAGCCUUCUCUGCCUUUUACUACACCGUGGAUUUCAUCCAGGCUGUGAUGAAGAGGCGCGUGGCGACGCCGGGCGAUCUGGAGGCUGCCGUGCUGGACGUCUGCAACAUGACGAUGGCCGAGCUGCUGAAGCGGGCGCCGGAGCUGGAGAAGAGGCUCCCGGAUUACUGCUCCACUGCCACCUUCAUCUACCUCCUCCUCCUCCGAGGCUACCAGUUUGACUCCAGCACUUUCCCCAACAUCGCCUUCCAGAAGAAGGCUGGGGACACGUCCAUCGGCUGGGCCUUGGGCUACAUGCUGAACCUCACCAACAUGAUCCCGGCCGAGCAGAGCAGCUCCCGGCAGGCCAUCGAGUACGGCCCGUGGGUGGGCCUCGUCCUCCUCUUUGUCGCCAUCCUCCUGGCCGCUUUGGCAACCAUCUUCUGUCUCCUCCGCUCCUCCAAGGGGCACGGAACAAUGUAGAGGCGGCUCCGGGUGGAGACGAAGCAUCCAGGCCGGCUGGGGACCCCACGAGGAUGGCAGGGCAUUCCACUCCCUCCUGCCCCCGGGGAGCCCCCCCAACCGUGCACACUGUGGCGAGAGCUUAGGGGCUCAGCCUCUCUCCACGGACUCUCUGGCUUGGCUCCCCUGUGGAGCUGUCAACCUGUGGCCUUCCCCGCAAGUAGGCUGCAGAACAAAACGGACCAGUCCAAUUGGGGAAGGAUGCAGCCCUUGUGUGUGUCUUGCAGCCUCCCCCCUACAAAGGUUGCCUUCUAACAGUCCUGGGCAGCUCUCCGGGGAAAGGAGGGUGGGAUUUUACUUUGUUUCCAAAGAGGACUCCGUUCACAGGCUUUGAACUCGCCAACCCUUCUCCUCUGCCUGCGCCGCCUGUUACACGUUGAGGCUCAGGGAACCCGUCCAAUGUAUCUUAUCUAUGUAGCUGCCAUAACUGCUUUUUUCCUUGGCAAGGCUCUAGUCCCCAUGAAGGAGCGGGGUCGUGAGUGUUGCCAUCACACUUUUCGUUUCGACUGGGAGCGCUAGAAAUUUCGCUGGACUGUGGGCGUUGCCGAAGGCACCAGCCUGCACGGAAAGACAAGAUGUGCUGUGCCUUUGUGUGCUUCUUCGGAGGGGGAAAUGCAUUCUGAUGCUGCUCUUGAGCCGUACUGAAGCCAUGCUGGGUUUGAGUAAAAACCCUCGAGAAGGCGAAGAAGAAACCUCCCCAAAGGAGACAGAAGAGGACAGCUAUGGAAGAAGCCACCACUAUUCAAGCAGUGUCUCAAACCCAGUUCAGUUUUCAGCGUAGAUCUGCAGCAUGUCUUGCCAUUUAAUGUGGGGCCAGGAGGGGGAAAGACACCCCCCCAGACAGGGCUGCACCACCUCGGCCCUCCCGCUGAGGACUCCCGCCAAUAGUGGGGGAUGAUGGGAGUUGUAGUCCAACAGCAGCUGGAAGGUUAGAGUUGCUACGGUGCCCAGGUGUGAUGAGGAAGAAGAGGAGAGUGGUGCAGCUUUUAAGAGAACCGGAUCACACAUGAGGUCUGCCAAAUGCAAGGUUCAGAGUCUAUAUUCCUCUCGUCUCCUCACACACCUUCGGCUGCUGCCCAACCUCUGCCAAAUAUUUCCCCAUUCAUCUUCUUCCCACAUCCAGACAGGCCUCUCGCCUUGCAAGGAAAUAAAGUUCCCUUGUGCUUUCUUGGGGUUUGUUUUUUUUUUACCCCACUGACUUUCCUUUCCCUUCUGAAAUAGUAGACAACUGUAUUUAAAAAGAAGAUUGUGUUCAAGCGACUAACCUUUUUAAAAAAAAUAAAAAAACACAUUUGAGUUAAAAAUUAAAAGAAAUAUCACAUGGGUGCC